UAUGUGUUUGUGCAGGAGUUCGUGGCACAGUAUGCAGAGUAUAUGCUGAACAAAAGUGUGGAGAAGCAGUUCAAAGCGUUCAGAAGAGGCUUCCACAUGGUCACCAACGAGUCACCGCUCAAAUACCUGUUCAGACCAGAGGAGAUCGAGCUCCUGAUCUGUGGAAGCAGAAACCUGGACUUCCUAGCACUUGAAGAAACAACUGAAUAUGACGGAGGUUACAACAGAGAUUCUCGAAUCAUCAAGGAGUUUUGGGAGACGUUGCACUCGUUUGGUGAGGAGCAGAAGCGCCUCUUUCUGCAGUUCACCACUGGCACUGACAGAGCACCUGUGGGUGGGCUGGGCAAGCUGAAGAUGAUCAUUGCCAAGAACGGCCCUGACACAGACAGGUUACCGACGUCUCACACUUGCUUUAAUGUGCUGCUGCUGCCUGAGUACAGCAGCAAGGAAAAGCUGAGGGAGAGACUGCUGAAAGCCAUCACCUAUGCCAAAGGGUUUGGCAUGCUCUGAGCCCGUGCUCAAAUACACAGCAAACGGACUCCUUCUCAGAAAGCCCAUCAAACCCUGCCCUGCCCUUCCUUUAUCAGACACAAUCUAAAAGGUGACAAAAGACAGACCAGAGUAUGAUUCAAGGAAAAGCAAGUCAAUAAUGAGAGAGGAGAAAUGGUUCCAAUAGAGCGCUCUAGUAGUUUUUCUACUGUGCCUGCAUCAUUCUGCAUCAGUCAGUGUAAGCACAGAGACCUCCUGAUCAAAGUACACAACCCACAUUUACAUUAUGUGAAUGAGCUGCAGCCUCCCCGUCGUUUUUCUAUGUACAGAGAGGAUCAUUUUCCUUAUUUAUUUUAAGCUUCAAAUGGUUUCUUUUUCAUGCCUGCCUGUUGUGAUCGCUUCCCUACUUAGGGAAAGGGGAGGGUUAAUAUUAAACAAUGUAAAUUUAACAAGUCAAUAUAAAUCCCAUUUAUUGAACAAAAACAUGUUAAUGUAGGUCUGAACUGAACAGAUGGUGGACAGACAGAAUCUAGUCUUAGAGUAGACUUUACUACAAAACAUGUUCCCCACUGAAGAACGAGCUCUCACUGACCAUUCCACUCACAGCCAUCAGUUAUUGUUUCUACCAAGUCCAUUUUUGAUCAAGGUAAGCAUUUGGAAAGUUCCUGU